CCGGGCUAGAGCUGCGGGCUGCCGGCGCCGCGCUCUGAGUCUGCGCGCAGCCGCGGGAGGAGCCGGAGCCCAACUUCGCCGGGGACUCUGCCCUGCCGGGCGCGGCUCUUUUCUUGUAGCUGAAAUGGAUUCAGAACCUGAUCCUUCAAGUCCUUCUCAGCCACAGCCACAGCAAGGAAGAUCUCAGCUAAAUGCAGCUGCUACUGCAGGCCAUAGUGAGAGUAAUCAGAAACCUGGUUCACCUUCAGGAGAUCCAUUGUCCUCUACAACUUUUUCCCCUUCAGCUACCAGCCAUUCAAGCAGCAGGGAGAGAGCUGAAAGAAGUGAAGUCAUGAAAGAAGAACCUGAAAUACUCUUUGAGGAUCUGCUUGAAAAGGCCAAAGCUGGAGAAGCAAAAGCACAGACAGAGAUGGGAAAACACUACUUGAAACUAGCAGAAGAAGAUGAUGAAGAACUCAACAACUGUAGUGCUGUUGACUGGCUGAUUCUUGCUGCUAAGCAAGGUCGAAGGGAAGCUGUCAAACUGUUGCGUAGAUGCUUAGCAGACAGAAGAGGUAUCACUUCUGAGAACGAGCAAGAAGUGAAGAAAUUAUCAUCUGAGACUGAUCUGGAGAGAGCUGUGAGAAAAGCUGCCUUAGUUAUGUAUUGGAAAUUAAAUCCAAAGAAGAAGAAGCAAUUAGCAGUGUCUGAAUUGCUGGAGAAUGUUGGACAAGUUGACAAUGAAGAAGAUGGUGAGAAGCCACCUGGCCCAGUUCCAAAGUCGGUACAAAAGCAAAGAAGAAUGCUGGAGCGAUUAGUAAGCAGUGAAUCUAAGAACUAUAUGGCUUUGGAUGACUUUGUUGAAAUAACCAAGAAGUAUGCAAAAGGAAUUAUCCCAACCAACCUAUUUGUGCAGGAAGAGGAUGACGACGAAUUGGCUGGAAAGAGUCCUGAAGAACUACCACUGCGACUAAAGGUUGUAAAAUAUCCACUUCAUGCCAUUAUGGAAAUUAAAGAGUACCUUAAAUAUAUUGCUCUCAUCUUCUUCUUCAUCAUCAGUAAUCUGACAAUUGAUUUUUUCGCCUUCUUUAUCCCAUUAGUCAUCUUCUAUCUGUCCUUCAUUUCCAUGGUGAUUUGCACACUGAAAGUCUUUCAAGACAGUAAGGCCUGGGAAAACUUUCGCACCUUGACUGACUUAUUGCUUCGUUUCGAGCCAAAUCUAGAUGUUGAGCAAGCAGAAGUGAACUUUGGGUGGAAUCAUUUAGAGCCAUACGUUUACUUUUUGCUCUCAGUUUUCUUUGUCAUUUUUUCCUUCCCUAUAGCAAGCAAAGACUUCAUACCUUGCUCAGAGUUGGCUACCAUCUCUAUUUUCUUCACAGUGACAAGUUAUAUGAGUUUAAGCACUUGUGCAGAACCCUACACACGGAGAGCUUUAGUGACUGAGGUGGCUGCUGGCUCCCUCUCCCUAUUGCAUAUACUGCCUAUAAAUUUGGGCUAUUUGAAGUAUUUAGGUAAAACCUUCUUUACUGUUCCUAUAGGCCAUUUCUUCAUACUAAAUGUGAGCAUCCCUUGCCUUCUGUUCCUAUACUUGUUCUAUCUCUUCUUUAGAAUGGCACAACUGCGGAAUUUUAAAGGCUCCUACUGUUACCUGGUUCCCUACCUGGUGUGUUUCAUGUGGUGUGAACUUUCAGUGGUUAUUCUACAAGAGUCCUCCUGCAUUGGUCUCAUUCGUGCGUCAGUUGGCUAUUUUCUCUUUCUUUUUGCACUGCCAGUUCUAAUGGUAGGCAUCGCACUCAUGUGUCUUGUGCAUUUCAUUAAGUGGUUCAUAUCUUUGGAACUCAUGAAGAUUGUGGUGACUCUUACUUUGUGUGGUAUUCCUUUGCUUUUCCGAUGGUGGACAAAAACUAACUUUUCAAUGGUUGAAAUGAUGAAAUCCCUGACCAGGAGCUCUAUUGUGAAACUCAUUUUGGUAUGGAUUACUGCCGUAAUAUUGUUCUGUUGGUUCUAUGUGUACCGAUCAGAGGGAAUGAAAGUCUACAACUCUACCUUAACAUGGAAUCAGUAUGGCUUCCUCUGUGGACCCCGGUCAUGGAAGGAGACUAAUAUGGCACGCACACAAAUUAUCUGUAGUCAUCUGGAAGGACACAGAGUGACAUGGACUGGGCGUUUCAAAUAUGUCAGGGUUACAGAAAUUGAAAAUAGUGCAGAAUCUGCAAUAAACAUGCUUCCACUCUUUAUUGGUGAUUGGAUAAGAUGUUUGUAUGGUGAAACCUAUCCUGUGUGUGACCCAAAAAAUGUUACCAUGGAUGAGGAAGAACUGUGUCGCCUCAAGUAUCUCACAAAGCAUGACUGUCACAUGAAAAAGUUUGAUCGAUACAAAUUUGAAAUAACUGUGGGCAUGCCUUUGAAUGGCAAAAAUGGAACUAAAGCUGUAGAGGAGGAUGAUAUAACCAAAGAUAUUGUGCUGAAGGCAAGCAAUGAGUUUAAGAAAGUGUUGUUGAACUUGAGGCAAGGAAGCAUAAUUGAGUUCAGCACAAUUCUGGAGGGUCGUCUUGGCAGCAAGUGGCCUGUCUUUGAACUGAAAGCAAUCACUUGCUUAAAUUGCAUGUCUAAACUUACACCUGCAGGAAGGCAUGUGAAAAUAGAGCAUGACUGGAGAAGCACAGUGCAAAAAGCCAUUAUGUUUGCUUUUGAUUUUUUCUUUUUCCCAUUCCUAUCAGCUGCAUAUUGAGCUCACAUACUGAUUCAAUGCUAUCUUCAAUGUGUACCGCAGUAACACUACCAAAGGUUUGGUUUCUUAACAAAACUUGCUGUAGCAGUGUUCAAAACAUAUGCUAUUCCGGAGUAUUGGUUGAAUUUUGUAGGUGUAAACACUGUACGCAGUCCUUCUAUCCCAUAGGACUGAAGUUAUAAAUUCUAAUUAAAUAUUAUUUUAAAUGAAUGCACAAAAUUGCUACAGAGUAGAUGCAUGAGCUGUUUUUAUCCAAACUGAACUCUUUCUGUGAUAUUAUGCUAGGGUAUGUUCAUCUGCUUGACAUUAAAAGCACUUUACUCGUGAAAUAUUCACAGCAUUGCCAUUAUGUACUUUCACAUGUAGAAUGGAUAUCUUGUAGACAACCUAAGAUGUAAUGUUUCUUGUAUUUAUUCAGUGGUUUCUAGAGAAGUAUUAAUUAUACAAUUAGAUUGAAUCUGGUGCCAUGUGACUGGUGUGUUUAGAAUUGAAUUUCUUUGCUAUUUUUUAGUUAGAUUUGAUUUGAAAAAGUAGACAACACUUCACACACCAGCAAGGUUGCAACAAGAACUCUGGUCUCCAUUUUAGUUUUAUUAAGAUUUCUUAAAGUGAACAUGCUAUUCACUGUAACUGUUUGAUAGCGAUAUAUGGGACUAUCUGUUAUAAUCUAUACAGUAAUAGCAUAUGAAUGAUAAGCGCCAGGUAGACAGACUGGUAUUGUGGUGGUACUAAAAAUAAGCAAGCCAAAUCAAUUGAAAAGCACUGUAUAGAAAUAUAUAAUGGAGACUGAAAUAAAAUGUCUGGUUAAAAAUGUGUAUUGUUCAAAUAUAUGUAAAUAGAAACUUGAAUUAAAAUGGGAUUCUAUA